AUGGUAAGCUCCAACAAACCCUCUGCUACUAAACUCACGCAUCCUAUCAACAUUGAUGGUAGGGAGUAUCUUCAUGAGCCUCCGUUUGCAGAAGAGAAGGCAAAAAUCUGGCGUUCUAAGGUAUUAAUUCCUCUUUCUUUGGCUGAUGAAACCUUAGCGUUCUUAGGUCCUCUCCCAGAAAACCGACACCUAGAGAUUACCAGAACAGAUUCUUCCCUUUUUCCCUCCAGUCACAUCUCUGAACCUGUGAUUUCCGCUCAACAACCUUUUUCCCUUCGCUACGUCGACAGGAACUUCAGGACUGCUCCUCCAAAAAAUUGUCCUAAGUUUUGCGCUUGGAUGGAUCGAUUGGAAUCAGAACAAAUCGACCAUUGGAAAAGGACAGGCAUCUACACCCUUCUACAGAUUGCCCGUUGUGGCCCUCCCCAAUAUUGUGGCAUGUUAUUAGUUUCCCUUCAAUUUUGGGAGAGUUCGACCAACUCCUUCCAUUCCAAGUGUGGCAUGAUCACGCCGACACUUCUGGACAUUGCUGCCAUCACUGGCUUGAAACUGACUGGCGAAGUCUUCGACUGCGAAGCUGUAGCGCCAAUUCCCUUGAGGUUCGAGGUUGGUGACUAUCGCAAGCCAACAUACAAAAAAUUUAUUGAUCAUCAUGCCACCUCUGCAGGCCCUGUGACCGACGAGGAACAUGUGGCUUUCUUGACCCUCUGGCUAUCUCGCUUUGUCUUCUGUUCCAGAUCGAUGCAGGUAGCCAAGCACUUUGCUCUCCUGGCAACCCAACUGCACCAAGAGCGUGACAUUGCCUUGGGCCAACUGUUUUUAGCUUCUCUCUAUGAGUCUCUGUCUGAGGUUGUCUUCCAAAUUAGACAUUUCGACCUUGAGAACUCCAGAAAGAAAAAUGUGUUGGUCCAUGGUCCUUUCUGUUUUUUGCAACUGUGGCUCAAUGCCACUUUCUCUAAGGAUAUAGCCCCCUACGGGAUGAGGAGGGUUGCGUGUCCCCAAGAGGAACGACACCUUAUCUGGAAUAGGUUGAUCCCUCUGACGCCUAUCGACAAAAACUUCCCCGACCUUCAAGUGUUUCGACUUUUGUUCAACAUCAUGCUGACCCGUGUCGAUUUUCUACCUUCUAUGGCCCCUUUUAGCCGUCGAACUGAGGGUCCUGCGUGGCUCACCAGACCUUUCCCUCCGACUGACGGGGAACACAGAGAUGAAACCUUUCUUAUUUGGAGGCGUCUUUUGGUCCCUCGAUUCCUGUCGGUUGAAACCUCUAGCAACAAUCCUUGCUUAGUGGCUUAUCAGCCUAACCUUGUGGCCAGGAAAUUUGGCCUUUGCCAAUUCAUUCCCAAGUCCCUAUUCUCCUCUCAAGAAUUGCUCGCCAAUAUCCUCUACGGCCAACCUUGGAGCGAGAUCGAAGAGGAAAUUGAAACCAUUUGGAAAAACCGACCACGUCUCCCUUCUCUUCCUUUUCGACCAGCCUACUACUGCACCAAAGAAUUCCAUGAUUGGUGGCAGACGUAUUUUACCAUUUAUGUUAGCGCUCCUGAGGCCAAACUAUCUGAAUUAACUGAAGCUUUUCUCCCUCUAAAUCCUGCAGGUCCUGCACCUGCUAACCAACCUACUCCUUCGACACAGGAGGCUCAGCCAUCCUCUCCCUUCUUGCAGGCUGUUUCUGAGAAAUCCUCUGAUGAUGAUGAGCGCCCUAUUGCUCAAGGUCAACCACGUUCGACAGACCCCACUGUCUCCUCUCACUCCAAAAAAUCCAAAAAGCACAAACGCUCUUCCCCUACAGGCUCUAAGCACUCUUCCCAGCAUAAAUCCAAAAGCCACCAUGGCCACAAGAGGAAGAAGCAUGACUCCCCCUCCAGGAGUGGCGAAACCAAGAAGAAGAGGCACCAUACAAUGCCCACUCCAGAGGUUCCUGCUGAAGACGUCGACACCAUUGUGGUCGACACUUCCAUCCUCGACAAGGUCCCUGAUCCAGCUAUGGGAGCUUCACAGUCGAAUGGCACCUCCCCUACUGCUGCCUUAGGGAAAGAAAAUCAGGAUGCAGUCUCCCCUGCGUCGACACAGGCUGAUGCCUCUGCUGAGCCAACUCAACCUGUUGCCGACUACACUCCCUCGUCACCGGUUUCUUCUCUAGCUCGCCCAUUUCAGUCUGUCGACACCGCUGGUGAGUUCAUUGAAUUCCCUAUCCAGAUUAGGGAUAGUGACUCUGACUCAGUCACUAGUCCUGCAACACAUCCGGAUUCCAGUUCGAAUAGUUCUGACUCUAGUCUCUCUUCAGCUUCCUUGCCUUUGCAGGAUCCACGGGGACCAGUAGGUGUCGACACCAAUAAGCAACAACCCUCUCAGACUACUCCUCUGUCGACUGCUUCUCCCUCUUCUCAGACUACUCCUCCAUCGGCUGCUUCCCGUUUGUCUUUCUCGGGGCUGGCGAUAAAGCCUUCUGCUUUAGAAGCAAUUGCCAGGCUCCGAAAUCUGGUGAAAUCGCGUGAUGCCUCUUCCGACUCUGAGCAGCUUCAUUCUGGCAAAAUGGGCCCUGAGGCGACAAAGAUUGAGGCUCUAAUGGAUAAAAUCUGCGUUCACGCCUUGAAUCCUGACCUUCGUUUCGUGCUCAUGGAUGAACCCGCUGUCGGUCCAGAGAUCCUGUGCGUGCUUUCCCAACUAAAAGAUCUCCAGCUCUAA